AUGGAAACUCUCGCUACAACUACGAUUCCACCAAACUUCAGCAAGGAUGCAAGAGCCAUCCAUGACACUGUUAUAUGUUUUAAGCGAAAUGACGAAGAUCUACUCAUUAUCGAUAAUUAUGUGAAAAGCUGUUCAGAGCGCCUUGAUGAGGCCACGAUCCACAAAUUAGUACACAUUGCUUGGCAAUUCACAAUGCCUCUGCCAUUCGAGCGGGUUGCCCCUGAGCAACUGAGUCUAUUGCGAAAUUUCCUUAACGAACCAAAUGAUAAUAUUCUCAACAAGGUUCGAGGAGGUUGGGCAAUGGUUUCCAAUGAAAAUAUUUGA